AUGCCCACUGUAAAGUCAAUCGACACAUUCAUAGAGUUAUCAUCUGAUUUACUAGCCGCAUAUCCCAAUACUACUUUGUUAUCCAUAACGUAUAGUAAUGAAUCAAAGAAGUCUAAGAAAGAUAAAGUAGCAGGAUCUGUAUCUAAAAAGAAUGUAGCCACUAAUAGAGUCAAUAUUAAAUUAUAUGAACCACAUGCUGGUAAAGUUCUUAAAUUUAAAACAUUUAAGAGUAAAGAAUUAUCAAGAUUAUUAAGUUUUGUAGGUCCAAGGGGAGUUAAUAUUGGAGAAACUCAUGUUGAAGGUUUAUCUAGUGUAAUGAGUGGUGUACCAUAUCAACAAAUUGAAGGUGAUGAAGAAGUAAAAGAAGGGACACCAGCAGUCACUGAAGAAGUUGGAGAAUUUGAGUCUGAAAGAAGUCCUGCUCCAACUACAGCCAAAACUACCAAGAGUGGUAAGGGAAAGAAUAAGAAGAAAAAGAAGAAGAAUUAG